AUGGUACAGAGUGUAAACAAUUUCGGUGCCAAGAUCCUGUUGGACUGUGGUGCCACAACCGUAUACGUGUCUCGUGGAUUCGUCAAGAAGCAUGAGCUGAAGACACACGCUUACACCGACCGGACUAUCAAGGUGAAGCUCGGCGACAACAAGAUUGGCGAGUCUAUUCUGGAGUUGAUGAAGAUCGAGAUUCUACUCCAAGGUGUCCCAAAUUACCAGUGUGUAGCAGUUGUCUUCGACAUUCCUGAGGAGUUUGACUGUGUUCUCGGGAUGACAUUCUUUGUGAAUGUACAUCCGGAUAUCGACUGGAAGAAUCGAUGCUUCAAGGUAUGCGUCUCAGAUGGAGCCUCAACGGCGGACAUUUCGACUCCCUGUGGGAAGUGCAGUCUGGCUAAUGGCUCUGGGCUUCACGAUGCUAUGGAUUACGAACGCACUUCCGCGAUAAGCCGUGAUUCCUGUCGAGCCGCCGUGCCAGAAACACGGCUGGAGGGCGAAGUUGAAAGCGUUGAAAGACCAGCUGAGGACGUGGAGAAGCUCUCGAAGCGUGAGAAGAAGAACGCUAGAGCUGAAGCAAUGUUUACUCUCGGAGUGGUUGAUUCGGAAGGAGUUGAGAUCAAAUACAUCACUAGGAAGAAGCUUCGGAAGUUCCUACGGUUACCUGCAAAGGACCAACCGGAACACGACUUAGUGAUUGUGCUAACGAACGAUACGAUCAAGGAGAUCGAACGAGAUCUUAAGAGGAAUGAUGAACCGAUCAACUUUGGGUCCGAGAAGGCCAGGCGAUUCCUAAACACGGACUGGGAGACGUUCAAUGAUAACCCAGCAUACCCUAUUCUCGUUGAGUACAAGGAUAAUGUGUUCAAGCCGGAGUUGCCCGAUGGACUACCAAUGGAGCGCGACAUUGAGCACCGUAUCGACGUGAAGGACCCAAACACUGCAGUGUAUCGGCAGCGGUGGCAUCUCUCGCCAGAGUAG